GACAGCUUCGCGCUCGCCCAGAUCCAGUUACUUGGCAUCACAAAAUAAAACACAACUCUUUACAUUUUGAACAAAAUGUCUGUCGUUCCUGGGUCAAUAAUCGUGUCAGAUUGGCACCGCUGCGCAGACAGUAAAGAGUUUUUCAGCAAAAUAUUGCAUAAAAAGAGACGACGAAAGUUUGGUCUCUUGGAAGCUCCAAUGAUGCCUCCUCAUAUGAAUGUGGACACCGUGCGCUACAAGGUUUUUAUCUCCGGUAAAACUGGAGUGGGGAAAAGCGCCCUAGCUGCACGUCUGACUGGCCUCGAUAUCCCCAAACUGCACUAUGAGACCACAGGCAUAGAGACAAGUGUGACCUUCUGGCCUGUAAAGCUGAAGGAGAGUGGCCGUGUGUUGUUUUUCCGCUUUGAGUUUUGGGAAUGUGGAGAAAGUGCUAUGCGAAGAUUUGAUCACAUGUUACCGUCCUGUAAGGAACAAGUGGAUGCAAUCCUUUUCCUGUUUUCCUUCACUGACCGUGGCUCCUUUGAAGAUCUUUCAAAUCAGAUAUCUCGGAUAACAGAAUCUUCAGAUCGAGUGGUUAAAUUGGUGGUUGGCACCAAGUUUGACUUAUUUAUGCAUACAGAUGUCACGGAGAGCGAUGUAACACACUUUCAAGAGGUGUGUGGUUUUCCGGUCUUUCGCAUGGGAGGUGAUGUAAGCGCAGGGCUUGGUGAGGUUGCACCCCUCUUAAAUGCCCUUGCUGAAAACCUGUGGUACCAGGACUGUAUGGCUGCUUCGUCUGCAUCUAUCUCCACGCAGGCUGGCGCUGACCACAGACAAACAGACGCAGAGAUCAUUGUAUAGGCUUUAUUUGAACAUGCACAGUAUUUGUGGUUCAAAAUGAUGUGACUGACAUUGGAUCCACAUCAGCUGGGAAUUGGCACUUUUGACAAACGGAGUUCUCAAUUGUUCCAUCCGAUGCCAACUGAUACAUUAGUGUGGAAAAAAUGGCAAGAAAAUAAAAAGACAAAUUGAAUCUAAAAAGUAAAACAAAUGUGGUAUAAGUUGUGUAACUACAUGCCUGAAAGCUUUUGACCCCAUCGAAUGAAAAGAUCUUAAUGCUUUGCAUUUAAGUAGAUUUUGUCAUUGAAGUUUGCUUACCUUUUCUGCAUGGACUUGUAUGCAAUUAUUGGUGGAUGUUACAAUCACUUCUUCUGGUGCAAAUUCUGCCACAUUCACUGUAAAUAUGUAAUGAUCUCCCACCGUACACAUUUUCCCCUUUGAAAAAGAUACUCCGUGUUAGUACUUUGCAUAACUACUACAUUACAUUCUGAAUACAGAUGAAACUUUGUGUUAACAAAAUCAGUUUUCGUUGGAAAUAUUAUUUUUAACAAAACUUACCUGUAAAUCACUGCUUUCCAUUAUAAAUAUGUUUGGUUAGGAAUGA